CCUCUAUAAAACAAGUAGCAGAACGCAACAGCACUUGCAUCUCAACAAUCCAUAAAUUUAGAAUGAGUGCACUAAACGUUACGAAAAUGGACGAUCUAGACAUAGAGCUAGAUAUCAUUGGACAGCAACCUUUCAUGGUCAAGAUCUACACCCAAGUCAGCUUCUGCUUCCCUGUCGCCGACCCCUCCACGCACCCAGCCAUCACCACCACCCUCAAAAAUGGCCUACAGCGUCUCUCCAAGAGCUUUCCCUGGGUAGCAGGCCAAGUAAAAGGCGAUAGUAAUGGAGUCUUCAAGAUCAAGCCAUUCGAGGAGACACCGCGACUGGUAGUCAAGGAUCUUCGAGAUGACCCUGCAGCACCCACGAUGGAGGGUUUGAGAAAAUCAGAGUUCCCCAUGAGCAUGUUGGAUGAGAAUCUGAUCGCGCCAAAGAAAACAUUGCCCAUUGGCCCCGAUUACUCGCCGGAUGAUCCUCAGCCUGUACUGCUUUUUCAGCUCAACUUUAUCGAGGGUGGCCUUGUACUCACCGUCAAUGGACAGCAUGGCUGCAUGGACAUGACGGGUCAGGAUGAGCUUAUUCGGCUGCUCUCCAAGGCUUGUCGCGACGAAGCGUUCACACAACAAGAGGUAUCAACAAUGAACCUUGAGCGCAAGACCAUUGUCCCCCUUCUCGAAAACUACGAAAUCGGCCCUGAGCUGGAUCAUCAAAUCAUCAAACCCCCUUCGACCACAGAGCACCCGCCAGCACCGCCAAAAGCAAGCUGGGCUUUCUUCUCAUUCAGCCCACAAGCCCUCUCUGAGCUCAAGGAGAAGGCGACGCAGACUCUUGACGCGCAAACAAAAUUCAUCUCAACAGAUGAUGCUCUCUCGGCAUUUAUCUGGCAAUCAGUCAGCCGCGCUCGUCUUGCUCGCCUGGACGAUUCUACCUCGACUGAAUUCUGUCGCGCUGUUGACGUGCGCACCCAACUGGAUGUACCGAAGAAUUACCCUGGAAUCCUUCAAAACAUGACCUACAAUGUCUCGAACCUCUCUCAAAUCGCCAACGAGCCACUCGGCAUCGUAGCGUCACGCCUGCGCUCUGAGCUCGGCCGCGAUCGUCUUCGCCGUCGGACGCAAGCCCUGGUUACAUACCUACAUGACCAGACGAACAGGGAAAGCGUAUCUGUCACAGCCGACGCGAACCCAUCGACAGAUAUCAUGUUGAGCUCAUGGGCGAAGCUCAAAUGCUGGGAGUAUGACUUUGGCUUUGGAUUGGGAAAGCCCGAGAGUGUGAGGAGACCAUUGUUUGAGCCAUUUGAGAGUCUGAUGUAUCUUAUGCCCAAGCGACCGGAUGGAGAAAUUACCGCGGCUUUGUCAUUGAGGGAUGAGGAUAUGGAGAGAUUGAAGAGUGAUGAGGAGUGGAAAAAGUACGCGAGGUUUAUUGGCUGAAGGAUCAUUUCAAGAUGCUCGUGCGUCUUCAAUGCUACGUUCCAGCGGGGAAGAAGAGGAGAAGCUCAUGACAUAGUUCGAUAUCAUCCGAGCUUUAUGCUUAUUCUUGUUUAUAGAGUUGUAUUUGCGGGGAUAGGUUAUGCAGAUCUCGGACUAUUCCCCAGAUGUGCUGUGCUGCGAUAGGUGCGGAAGACACUCACGUCGAUCGUAGGGCUUGGCGUUUGUGGAGGAUUUGCAGUAAAGCCGAGGUGAUGACCGAACGAUUAAAUAUAAGAUGAUCGUAAAUAGUGAUUGUAGAGCAUCUAAAAGACUUCUUCAGAAUAAUUG